AGACAGCCGUGAGAAAUCCCUUUAUAAACUGCAGCUGCUUUAAGUCUUUCUAAUGUGGUCUUAUUUUUGAUAAUUACACAAGAGUACGCGAGGACGAGAACGGACAAAAUAAUAGAAACAUUGGGUUUGAUAUUUCCCUUCUUAAAGAUUUUUAAAAUAGCGCCUUAUGGAAUUUUAUGUCUAUGUUUAUCUAGAUAUUAAUGUCAUGAAAAGCGGUGAAUCGACGGUUUAUUCAGGUGAUUAAAUCAUCCUUAAAAAUGCCAGUCAGGCAGUUGCGUAGUAUUUUAAAACAUACUUAAAGUAAUCAUUCAAACAUGGAAGAAGAAGAAGAUCUGGAGACACUUGGUGAGCAGCUGUACUCUCUGAUUUUCCCCAAACACAAGGAAAUUGCUGGAAAACUCACAGGUAUGCUGCUGGAGCUGCCCUGUCCAGUCCUGAGUCAGAUGCUGCAGGAUGAAGCUACACUCAGCACGGCUGUAGAGAAAGCCCUCGGAGCCCUGCAGCUCCCACAGGAACCAAGCAAAGUGACAUAUAAAGAAGAGGAUGAUGUCUCUGUGUCCUCUGACUCCCUGGGGGAGCAGCUGUUUGAGCUGGUGAAUGUUUACAACACCGGCCACUCUCAGAAAAUCACAGGAAUGCUUCUAGAGCAGCAGAAAGAUGUCGUUUUAAGCCUUCUUUCAGAUCCAAAACUGCUGGAGGAGCAGGUGAACUCUGCCCUGAAAACACUUACGGAGCAGAGUGUGGAGGAGACUGACAUCAGUGACUUGUCGGAUGCCGAUGACACAGAGAGGUUGGGAGAGAAGCUCUUUUCAUUGGUGGAGGAGCUGGAUCCUCAUCAUGCCAGUGAUAUUACAGGUAUGCUCCUGGAGAUGGACCCCGCUGCUCUCCAACAGCUGCUCAGUGACCACACAAUGCUAGAGGUUGCUGUUGGGAAAGCACAAGCAGCACUAGACACGUAAAACUGGACCGAUUCUACUUGAACAGCAAGGGAUAUUUUACAUAGAGACUAAGAGAUAAUAUUUAAAUGACUUUGGAGAAUCAAAUAAAAUGCUGGAAAAUGAUAACGAUAAUCAUAUGAGUCACCCAUGGAAUAACCAGCUAUUUUAGUUUUGUACUGAUUUUUGACUAGACUGUGGUCAGUCUACUUUUGAAUGCAACUGUUAAUACUUGGAGAGUCGACUUACCUUUGUAAAUGUAAUUGACUUUUUCUACAGGUGCUGUCUAUUGACAUCAUGUGUCCAUCAGUUUUUUUUCUUGCCAGAGUGAAGUGUCAACUGAUGACAGUGUUUACAAAUGUUUUUUUUUUCCUUAGGAUGUAAACGGAGUUGCUAAAAUUAACAGUCUUGCCAUAACAUUUUUCAAAAUUGUUGGUACUGUUCUUACCAUAUUGUGACUGUGAGCUGUUGAACUGUAUUUGCUAAAUCUUUUGCUAAAUAAUAUAUAAACC